AUGGCUGCUUUGAAGCAUAGACUACAGAAUGAGGUUUUUACACCUGGUGAAGAAGUCUUGCGUGCGUUUGUUCGGGUCAAUAAACGUGGCGGUAAAAGGAAGAAAACGGAUUUUUUAUGUAUUGCAGCGACUAAAAUGGAGCCGAUACAAGUUUCGUUAUAUCAAGUCAGAAAAUCUGAAAAGGGCACAUUCAAAAAGAAGACGUCAUGGACCAUCAAGCAACUCAAGGCAGUAGAUGGCAAAGACAGCGGCGAGGAAAGUAAAGAUUUCGAUUUAAUACUUGAGAAAACAUUCAAAUGGGUAGCUAAUAAUGUUUACGAAAAGACUGCUUUUAUUGGGCAACUAUGGAAGAUCUGUAACAAAUUCGUUCCAGCUCAAAAUGUCGAUUUUCGAAAUUUGAAUAAUAGUUUGAAGAAACUAUUACUUAAUGCCAAUGCAAACGAGGCCGAUCAGCAGCAGGAUGCUAUUUUACAAGUAGAAGGAGUUGAAACCGCAGAAGAUUAUCAAGAAUUAACAACAGCUGAAGAAGCAGAUCUUCAAGCCAUGAUGAGCAAAUUCGAUUAUUCGAUAACUAAUGCUGAACUAUUUACCGAAAAAUUAUCCGAAGAACUAAUUGCACUCGAUGGUGCUAAUAUUCAAACUAUUAUGAAUGCCGAACAAGGUGUUAUAGAUCUUGUAGAAUAUAUUAAUGAUAGCGUGAAGGAAUUGGACGGAGUCGAAGAUAAAUUGAGUUACUAUUCUGAAUUGCUUAAGACCGUUGAGAAGCAUAUGCAUCAAAUGAGUUCCAUAAACGAUCAUAUGAUAGUGGAGAUGAAAAAUUAUAACAAACUAAUAGCUGAAGUAGAGGCAAUCGUGGAACGAUUUGACUUACCAGAGGAAUACUUGACUACACUAGCCGAAGCUAGUGUAGAUGAUGAAUACGCAUUACCGAAAUGUACUGAAGCUGCCUUAGCUGCUCAAAUUGCUUUAAAAUCGGAUUCGAAACCAGAAUUGAUUCGGCUAAAUGCUGUUAGCGAACAAUUUCAAAAUAUUAGCAUGCACUGUACAAAAUUUAAGAAACGUCUCAAGGAACGGUUAAUUAGUAUGUUUGAAAAGCAGGGUAGUACAUUCGAGUUUAUAAGUGUUGGCUCAUCAGGAGAAAUUGUACUUCCAAAGCAUGCUAUCAGACACUCAAAGCUAUUACCCUAUGCGCAAUUAGUUUUAUGGUUAAAAGAAAUGGACUCAGUUAUGUUUGAGGAUCUUUGCAAUGCAUAUACUCGUUGUAUCAGUAAGCGAUAUGAAAAGGAAUUGCAUGACUAUUUUGAGAAAAUUAAGAAAGUUUUUCAGAAGAGUAAUUCUGACAGUAAAGUUUUUGGUAAGCAGUUUAUCAACGAUACGUUAGCGUUUGUAGUUUCUGUCAUUCCAUUGAUUACUCUUAUUCUGUUUUUACCCUUAAUGAUAGAUGUUUUCAAUACGGCCACGAAAAGUUUAAAGAAUGUGGAUAUAAGAUCUGGUAUACAUAACUCUGAAACGUCCGGGUUUGAUAAGGAAGUUAUUGCUAAAUUUGGAAAGGUUUUUGGAAUUUUAUUAGAGGGAUUAGGAUCGUAUGUUGGUCAUGAACAGGACUUUAUUACGGAAUUCUUUCAUCUUCCCGUUGCUAUAAUUUUAUUACAUGACUUGAGUCAUGAUUAUGUUUUAACCGCAUUUUCCCUACAGCAACAGAUUAACGAAGACACGAUUGAUAGCUCUGGUAGUGUAGCAGAAAGUAGGAGGAGAUUGAAAGAAAUCUUUCCUUCACUAGAUUCGGAUAUGGCUAAUCUCAUUAAGGCUGGUGACAAAGUUGAUCCGUCAAUUUCUCUACACAUGUUCGUACGCGUUAGUGCACAAAUAAAAUCUCACUACGGGUACGCUCAAGGUGUAGCUUCCUUUUACAGCAAGUUGAUUGCGAAUUGGUUGGUUACUGUUAAGCGUCUAUUCGAUGGAUGUGUAACAAGUUUGACGAGAUCUUUCGAUGAUUACAAAAUCAGUAAGAAAUCAAAAUGCGGAAUUCUUCCAUUUGUCAUUAAAUUUGAGGAAUUUGCAGAAGAGGCAGAAACGAUAUUUAAAGGUUCUGACAGGAGAGGCGAUCUCGAUAAGGCAUAUUCUCGUUUGUUUAUUGCUAUAUGUGCUGGAAUUUCUAGAGUAGCACUUGAGCAUCCAAAAACACCUAAGGACGUCAUAAACUUUGAAAACUUUCAUCGAUUAUUUUCAAGCAUUGCACGUUUGAAAAUUACCAGCUUAGAAAAUGAAAGAAAAGAAGCAAAAGAAAACUAUCAAUUUUAUUUAAAUGCAUACAUUACAUCCAUGUUGGGUCGACCAAUGGAAAACCUAAACACAUUUAUCGACGGGUUAGAGAAUCUGUUAGCAUCCGGUGUUAAAGCUGAAGAAGUUGGCUUCCAGUUAGCUUAUAACAAACAAGAACUUCGGAAAAUAAUCAAAGAAUAUCCCGCGAAAGAAGUUAGAAAGGGUUUAGAUAGUUUAUAUAAGAAAGUUGAAAAACACUUGUGUGAAGAAGAAAAUCUCUUGCAGGUUGUUUGGCACAGUAUGCAAGAGCACUUUCUCCGACAAUACAACAAUAUACAAGAUUUAGUUAAGAGAUGUUAUCCCGGCUCAAAUAUUACAUUAGAAUUCUCUAUUGACGAUGUACUGAUUUAUUUUUCUAAUAUUGCACAAUCUCAUUAA